UAGGCCCCACCCCCUCGCGCGCAGCUCGGAAACAAAAUGGCGGUGGCGCGGCGGCCUGGUCCGGGCUCUUAAAGGAGCCGCUCCCCAUGUUUGUUAUAUGACCUCUGGGCAAUGAAGAAGGCCUCGCAACAAAGAACAUCACCCAAAAAAACACAGAUGUCACCCUCUCGUACCCCAAGUCCAAUGUCUACUGUCAGCUCAAGCACCAGGUCACCAUCUCCUCUCAGCAGGCAGGGAACUACAGCUAAUUACAAACCCAGAGGCCAGAGACUUCAACAACUUGAUGUUGCAGGGGAAAGUGAUGUAGGAGCUUCUUUUGAAUACCAGAGUAAGAAAGAUGAAGAUAGCCCAGGUGUUCGGUAUAUUACAGAGUCAUUGAUUAAAAACCUGUCCAAACAGGAAAAUUUGGCAUAUGUAAACUCACUGAAUCUUUCUCUUGGUAAGGAUUUGGACAAAAAGUUUAAGUAUAUAGAAAAUUUGGAAAAAUGCUCUAAACUAGAAGUACUAAAUCUCAGUAACAAUCAAAUAGAGAAGAUUGAAAAGCUGGAUAAACUGCCAAAGUUACGUGAACUCAAUUUGUCCUACAACAAAAUCAGUAAAAUUGAAGGUAUAGAACAUAUGCAGCAUCUUCAAAAGCUGAACCUUGCAGGGAAUGAAAUAGAGCAUAUUCCUGUGUGGGUAGGAAAGAAAUUAAGGUCCUUGCGCAUCCUUAAUUUGAAAGAAAAUAAAAUAUCCUCACUCCAUGACAUAGCUAAGCUGAAGCCACUAAAAGACUUGACUUCUCUAUUUCUGGCAAACAAUCCAGUUGUAAAUCUGCCUCAUUAUCACCUGUAUACCAUAUUCCACCUGAGGUCACUAGAAAACCUUGAGGGACAACCAGUGACAAAUCACGACAGGCAGGAGGCUCUCGAGAGGUUCAAUUUAGAAGAGAUAGAAAAGUUAGAAAGAGAUUUGGAGAAAACAGUAAAAGAGAUGGAGGACCUUAAAAUUAAACAGUCCCAAGUGCUUGAGCAACUUCAACAUCAAGAUGAGGCCAACAGAUCAUUAAAAGAAAAGGCCCUGCAACAGAAACAAAGCUAUAAAGAACUUCAGAGGGACCUAGACACCAAAAAUGAACUGCUAAAGCAGAAGACUGUGGAGUUAACCCGAGCCUGCCAGAAGCAAUAUGAAUUGGAGCAGGAACUGGCUUUUUAUAAGAUUGAUGCCAAAUUUGAGCCAUUGGGUUACUUUCCAUCAGAGGAUGUUGAACUUGAUGAUGUACCUGGUGAAAGCCCUUACAUCGGUAAAGCUAGAUACAAGAGAAACAUGUAUACCAGAGAAAGUUACAUUUCUAAUAAAGCGCAGCAAAUUCAAGUUAGAAAAAUAGAAGUAGAUGAAGAUGAUCUACAUAGGAACCAAGAACUUAAAUCACAGCUUCAUCAAACUCUAGAUAGAGAACUAGAAGAUAAAGAAAAAAAGAUACAAGAAGCGCAAGGAAGAUUAGCAGAAUUGCAAAGUGAAAUAGUAAAUGGAGAACAACAAGUUUUGAAAGCAACAGUGGAGCUUAAACAACUUCAGGAUGCUUUGGCUCAGAAAAAAAUUUCAGAAGCCAAUACAGAAGAUCUUCAACAGCAAUUAAAUGUUAAAAUACAGCUCUUAAAUCAGUUACGAGAUGAAGCUUUGGAAUUGGAAAAACAGAUGGAAAAACAGAGACAAGAAAUGGGGAAAAAGCAGAAGGAGAUUGAAGAUUUGCAGAGCUUUAUAGAUUCUUUAGAUCCUAAAGAUCCGAGACAUGCUCACAUGAAGGCUCAGAAAGCAAGUAAAGAGCAGCAACUUAAUAUGAUGAACAAGCAUUACAAAGAACUUGCAAGUCGCCUGGAUGAGAUGCUUUCUCGGAUCGCUAGGGAAGCUGAGGAAAUUAAGGACUUGGAGCAGCAGCUCACAGAUGGUCAAAUAGCAACAAAUGAAGCACUGAAGAGGGAUUUAGAAGGAAUUAUCAUUGGGCUACAGGAAUACCUUGAAAGUAUAAAGGGUCAGGCUAAGCAAGCCAGUGAUGAAUGUAAGGAGUUACAAAAAGAUAAAGCAGCUUUGCUACAGAGGUUGGCUGAACUGGAAGAGGAAAGAAGCCAGCUGGAAAUAGUUGCCAUGGAUGCAGAAAACAUGAGAAAAGAAAUUACAAAGCUAGAAACUGCACUCCUCAACCAGCGUGAAAUAAAUGAUUCUCUCAGAGAGGCACAAGGGGAUCUCAGUGCAUAUGAGGCUGAACUGGAGGCUCAGUUGAAAGAUAGAGAUGCUGAAGCCAAUCAACACAAGGAAGAGCUGGAGAGACUGAAACGACUUAGUCAGAUAGAGCUCUCAGCUCUGCAAGAUGAACUUGAAAAAGAAAAGCAGGCACUGGAAAAUGCUCUAACCAAAGCACAGAUGUCAGAAGAGAAGGAACAGGAAAACAAUAAGCUACUCUCCCAGCUCAAACAAGUGCAGGGAGACAAUAACCUUUUGAAGCAACAGCUUAAAGAUCUUCAAAAUCAGCUAAACCAUGCAAUUGAUAACUUAAUUCAUCCUGAAGAAGUCUUAGCUCGUGUAAGUGAACUCAAACGAAAAUUGCAGACAGGAGCUGGAGAUAUUAGAUGUCAUAAUUCAACUGAUGCUUUAGGAAAAAGCCUCGCAGACCUGCAGAAGCAAUUCAGUGAAACCCUUGCUCAUUCACAGCAAGAAAAAGAGGAGGCAUGGGCUAGACAGAGGCAGCUACAAGAAGAGCUGGCAUCUCAGCAAGAUAAAUUGGAAGAUUCAAAGGAAAAAUACAGACAGGUUAAAUCUGAGAAGAGGCAGAGUGAGACUAGGCUUCAUCAGUUAGAGAAGAAAAUUCAACACUUACAUGAAAAAAUAAAAAGCAUGGAAGAAAUACAGGGCCUUGCAGAUCAACAGCUUCAAGAAGCUGAUGAGGAAAAGGAGAAAAUACUUGCUCAGCUGGAAGAUUUGGAGAAUAAGAAAAAGCUGGAGGAUGCCAAGGCACAAAUGCAACUUCUUGGGCUAGAUAAAGAACUGAAGGAAUUAAAGAAAGCAAUAGUUGCUUCGGAUAAGUUGGCAACCACUGAACUCUCUCUUGCCAAAGAUCAGCUGAGGGCUCUUCAUGGAACCGUUCUCAAAAUUAACCAAGAGCGAGCUGAGGAAUUUCAGGAAGCAGAGGAGUUCUGUAUGCAGGCAGCUCAUGCAGCUCGUGAUCUUGCCCGAGCAGAAGCAGAAAUUGAAUUGUUGCAACAACUUCUAAAAGAAAAGGAAGAACAGUUUCAGCAUGAAAUGGAGAGAGCUGAUGCUGAGGCUGUUGCAUCAGAUUUUCAGAAGUUUGAUCUUGAUAAAUUAAAUCGGACUCUGGAACAUCAGAAAGCAGAAACUGAACGACUACGAAGGUUAUUAGAUAAUGCUAGGGCAGGUAACAAGGAUGAAAUACACAGCUUACUGGAUGAGAUAGCAGCACUCAGACAUGCCCUUUCUUAUCAGAAUGAUUACAUCAGCAGUAUAGCAGAUCCAUUCAAAAGAAGAGGAUAUUGGUAUUAUAUGCCACCUUCAUCAGAAGUCUCCACUCCUGGUUCUUACAGCACAAAAGACUCUGGAGUUGGCUUGCAGUGUCCUGGCUCAUCCCCAGCUAGAAAGGCCCAUGGUCAAGGCAAGCAGAUCAGGAAGGAAGACUCUGCCUCACCCACUGCAAGAGGAUAUUGGGUGUAUUCACCAGUUAGAAGCAGGUUGCACAAAUCAGAUUCCAAUAAAAAUGGAAGAGAUGAAGAUAGUGGGGGAGAUGACGAAACAAAUGUUCCCAGGGAGCCUCCCUUUGUACCGCCUCCUGGUUCUGUUAUUUAUACCGUACUUCCUGAUGGUGGCCCUGUACCCCAGGGAACAGUAGUUUAUGGACCGCCUCCUUCCGGACCAGUGAAUGGUAGACCAGUUGCACCUGGAACAGUUAUCUAUGGACCACCUCCUGCUGGAACUCAUGUUGUUUAUGGCCCUCUUCCUGCUAACUUUUCUGUGCCCCUCAUUCCUUUUGGAGUGCUUCACUGCAAUGUUCCUGAGCAUCAUGACAUGGAAAAUGAAAUCUCAAGACUUGAAGACAUUGUAUAUCACUUAAGGUCUCAGAAACGGGACUAUACGUGGCCAGGCAUGUCUGUACAUAAACAUAAUAAAGAAAUGGAAAAACUGCAUCAGAAUAUUGACAAUCUUCUAUGUGAGAGGGAAGAACUGGAACGCGAAGUAGCAGAACUACGUACAGCAGCUGAGAAACGUAGCAAACGCAAGAACUUCAUUGAAGGGCAUAUUGACAGCCUUAUUACAGAACUAGAGUUAGAAAAAUCUCUCAAGCACCAUGAGGACAUCGUGGAUGAAAUCGAAUGCGUAGAACAGACUCUUCUGAAACGACGGGCAGAGCUUAGGGAGGCAGAUCGACUUCUUGCAGAAGCUGAAAACGAACUUGAAAGUACCCGGGGGAAGACCAAAGACACUAUUCAAAAGUACAAUCAUGCCAAACAGCAUUUGUCUCGCACCGAAGCUGAGGCAGAGGAGUUAGAGCGAAGGGCUCAGGAGAUGACUGUUAAGCUUGUGAAAGCAGAUCAGCAACUAAGGUUACUCCAAGCAGAUGCAAGGGAUUUAGAACAGCACAAGAUUGAACAAGAAGGUAUCUUGAAGGAAAUCAAUAGAGUCAUGUCAUCGAGAGAUUCUGAGUUCCAGUCCUUAAGCCAGAAGAUAGAAAUCUUGACGGAAAGUCUUCAGAAGCUUCAAGCAGACAUUCAGGUUGCAGAAGGUAAUGAAGAUCAUCAUCUCCAGAUCCUUAAAGAAGCAGAAAAUGUUCUUCAGGGCAAGAAAAAUGAGCUGGAAAGGUUAACAGAUCAGAUAACCACUCAGCAACAAGAGCUGGUGCUCUUGGACCAAGAGCUGGAUCAAAGGAAAGAAGAGUUGCGUCUCCUUCAAGACUGCAUUGCCCAAAGGAAAGCAGAUCUCAAAGAAGCUCUUCAAGAUGGGGAGACGGACGUGACUGAAAAACGACAACAGAUAAGGGACGUGAGGUGUCAGCUGGAAGAACUGAGCAUGCAGAAAGGAGAACUGAAUGCCCAGAUAAAUGAAAAAAGAACACAGCUUUCCCUUAUAAAGCAAGACACCGGGAGAGAGGAAGAAAAUCUGCAAGGAAUUCUUGGACAAAUUGCUAAGCACAAAACGGAACUGAAGCAUGUUCUGGAAAUGUUGCAGCUAGAAAACAAUGAACUGCAAGGUUUGAAACUACAACAUGACCAAAAGCUUAAUGAAUUGGAAAAGACUCAAGUUGCAUUGCUGGAAGAGAAAUUAGAGAUAGAGACUCUCCAGCGAGUGGCCCAGCGCCAGCGAGGGGAAGUAGAGUGGCAGAGGCAGCUACUGGAGAAAAACCAGCAUGAAAACGAGCAGUUAAUGUCACAGGUGCAUGCUCUGCAAAACAGCACUGAAUCUUUGAACAGAGAAAAGCAGCAGCUUGAGGAAAACUGUCAGAGCUUGGAAAUAAAGUUGUCACAAACCAAAAGAAAUUUAGCUACUACUGAAGAUAGCAGCAAAGCUGCACUGUCCAAUAUAGAGAAAAUGGGGUUGGAUGUCAGAAAAUUGCAACAGGAAAUUGAACGAAUAAAGAAGCAAAAAAAAUCACUGGAUGGAGACGUGACAGUAAUACAGCAACAAAUUCAAGAAAAAAAGGAAGAGCUUGAAAUACUGAAGGAAGAACUAAAUUACUCCAGGCAACAAGUUCAGCUGGCAGAGCAGGAUCUGAAAAAUACCACGAAGCGCCAGGACGAGAUGCUUAGAGAACAGGCAACCCUACAAGAAAUCACCAGUGAAUGUUUAAGGAAGUGUAAAGAUUGCCAAGAGAAACAGAAAAGGAAGGAGAACCAAUUACAGCAGCUCCAGAGAGAGAUUGAAGAGAGGGAAAUGGAAGUGGCCAAACAAGAAAUGAUUCUUCAACGCCUCAAGAAAGACUCUGAGUCUGAAGAGAAAAAAUUAGUUGAAUGUACAACUAAAUUGAAAAAUCAGAAACAAUUACUGGAGCAGGAGCUAACAGACCAGCAAAAUAUAUUGGAACAAGCAAUUGCAAAAGUAAGAAUGACGGAAGAAAGGAUCGGGAAACUGGAGAAGGAGGAGAGCUGGUGGGCGGCACUUGAAGAAAAAGUCCAAGAAACCAGUCAUGAGCUCUCAGAGAAAGAGUUGCAGUUACAGGAAAAAAACAAAGAAAUGGUAUCCCUCCGAGAAGAACUUGGACUCUUGAGAGCAGAGCUAAACCGUCUCCAAGAUCAGAUCAUGUCAGAGAGGGAAAAAGCAGAAAAACAAGUCAUCUGUCUGAAGGAAGCCAUUAAAACCCAAAGGACCCAAUUUGAGAGAGAACUGCAUGAACAAAAGCAUAAAAACAACUAUCUGAGGAAAGAAAUGGCAGCUGUAGAACAAGUGGCUCAAGGCAACCACAAACGAGCUGAACGCUUGAUCAAGGAGCUCGGCCAGAUCCAGCAGGAUUAUCUGGACCUCAAGGCACAGAUUCAAACACAAGAAGAUUUGGAAAAAAGACAGCAAGAAAUAAAGGAUGCAGUGAAGAUGCUUAAAUUGGAGGUGAAAGAUGAAAUCCGCACUGGGCUUAAAUCAAGCCCCUCUCCUCCCGAGCUGCUGGAUGAUCUGGAAGCAGAUUUUGAAGUAAAGGAAGGGCUGCAGUGUGAAUUAGAAGAUUUAAAGGAGAAUUUCCCAUUUGCAUCUAAUGAAGAAAGACAGCUGUUGUUUGAAGAGAGACUUAAUUUAUCCAAAGUCCACCUAAUGGAUGAACACUGGCGUGGAGAAGCGCUCCGGGAAAAGCUGCGUCACCACGAAGAUCGGCUCAAGGCUCAGCUGCGACAUUGCAUGUCCAAGCAAGUGGAAGUAUUAAUUAAAGGAAAACAGCAAACAGAGGGGACCCUGCACAGCCUGAAGAGACAAGUCGAUGCGCUAGACAAACUGGUCUGCAGCGCUUCUUCAGACUCCCUGUUACUCUCCCAAAGCUCCUCGGGGCUCCUAUCCUCCCUUCACGAUGAUCUUGACCUUACAAAGAACCAGGCUGCUCUGACGGGAGUCGUCCAGUCCCCCGAGAGAACGACAGAGAGCAUUUCCCAAGUUGCGAUGCCGUACACAAGGACUCCCUCAGUAAAGCCUGGCGACCAAUGUUGAUCUGUGAAACCAGUGGAAUGGUGAAGAACCAGACUGUCCUUCUAGUACUUGACCUCUUACAGCCUGAAGACUGCUACCUCAUUAGCUGUGAAGUCUCCUUCCAGCCACUUGUUAAGAAAGCCUGGCCCUGCAUCCCUGAGUAAUCCUUUUGUACUAAUACUGUAAAAGUUUGUAUGGUUAUGUAACUACUGAGUCAUUAAUGUUAUAUUAUGCCAAUUAUGUUAACUGUGAGAAGAGGAACUGCUGCAGUCACUCAAAACUCUCAGUUCACUUUUUGUGGGUUUAAUAUGUGUUGUGCCUAAUAUUUUGACAUGCAAAUUUGAUGACAAAGGAACAGGCAUCUGGUGUCAGGAAAUGCAUUAGUCCUUUCAAAUCAGAUUACUUUGGAAUAUUUUCUUAAAAAAAAUAAAAGGGUUGUAUCGACUA